AAGGGGCAAACUUGCACCCACCUUCAGAAAAAGGAGGAGAGAGAGACAGUCUUAAACAGGACAGCAGCACCAACCCGAUCUCAGAGAAAGAGAAAGAGAGAGAGAGAGAGAGAGAGAGAGAGAGAGAAUCUCAGUUGUGGAACUGAAACUAAUAAACCCAUAGAGACUGAUUCAGACUGAUUCGGGCAGAUUCAGACUCAGAGCUGCUGUUCAGUGGAUUCAGUGGAGAAAAGUUGAGUACAUUAAAGAGGAAAGUGUGUAAAGUGGAGAAGAGCAGGCAGCAGGAGAAAAGAAGGAGUCUGGAUGGAUGACCUCUGCACCCUCAGCGGCCUGGACCCUCUCUGGGACUGGAACCUGACCUGGUUCACUCCUAACCCGGACCUGACCCAGUGCUUCCAGCACACAGUGCUGGUGUGGUUUCCCUGCGUCUACCUCUGGCUUUGUGCACCCUUCUACUUCCUCUACCUCAGAUUCCACCACCAUGGACGCAUUUCCAUCUCCAGCCUCUGCUGCGCCAAGACGGCUCUGGGUUUGUGUCUGGCCUCUUUUGGCCUGUUGGAGAUGAUUUAUCUGCUGGUGAAGAGAAGCAGAGACAUUGAGCAUCAAAUGGUGUUCCUCCUCAGCCCCAUCAUCCGCAGCCUCACCAUGUUGUUAGCAGUUUUUGUGAUCCACCUGGAGAGGAUGAAGGGCUGCCGUUCUUCACUGUUCCUCUUCCUUUUCUGGACGCUGGCUGUGGUGUGCUCCCUGGUUCCUCUCAGAGCCAACAUCCAGGCUGUCGUAGAGGAGGGCUUUUCGGAGGACUCUCUGCGGUCUGUGGCGUUUUUCGCCUGCUUCUCACUCCAGCUGGCUCAGCUCAUACUGAGCUGCUUUGCUGACCAGCGUCCAGGCGCUCUGAAGCCGGUCUGUGUGAAGAACCCAUGUCCAGUUGAAGACGCUUCGUUCUUGUCUAAGAUCCUCUUCUGGUGGUUCAGCGGGCUGGUGGUGAAGGGCUACCGGUCACCUCUGACAGCUGAAGACUUGUGGUCACUGAGGGAAAAGGACACGUCAAAGAAGAUUAUCAGUGAUCUGGAGAGAGAGUGGAGCAUGCAGUGCGCCAAACUGCAACAGAAGGAGAGAUGUGAGAAUGUGAAAGCUCUGGGCUGCAGGAUCACAGAACAGACUCAGCUGCUUCAGAAACUGCGACAGGAACAGAGUUCUGGUUUCCUACUGCUCCGCACUCUGGCCAGAACCUUCGGGACUUACUUCCUGUCUGGGACGCUCUGCCUUAUCAUCCAUGACGCCUUCAUGUUCUCCAUCCCGCAGGUGCUGAGUCUGCUGCUGGGCUUCGUGAGAGACGAAGACGCCCCCUUGUGGAAAGGUUACCUGUUCGCUUUCACCAUGUUCCUGCUGUCCUGCCUGCAGUCCCUCUUCAACCAUCAGUACAUGUAUGCCUGCUUCACCGUGGGCAUGAGGGUCAAGACUGCUGUCAUGGGCCUCGUCUACAGGAAGUCUCUGGUGAUCAGCAGUGCCGCUCGCAGGACGUGUACGGUGGGUGAGAUAGUGAACCUGGUGUCUGCCGACACACAGAAGCUCAUGGACUUUGUUGUCUACUUCAACGCUGUCUGGCUGGCGCCUAUUGAAAUUGGCCUGUGCCUCUUCUUCCUUUGGCAGCACCUGGGUCCAUCUGCUUUGGCCGGAAUCGCCACGGUCAUCUUCAUCUUCCCUCUAAACGGCCUCAUCGCCAAGAUGCGGAGUAAACUUCAGGAGGUCCAGAUGAAGUACAUGGAUGGACGUAUAAAGCUGAUGAAUGAGAUCCUGAGUGGGAUAAAGAUCCUGAAGUUCUAUGCCUGGGAGAAGGCCUUCAAGGAGAGGGUUCUGGGAUACAGGGAAAAUGAGCUGAAGGCCCUGAAAAAGUCUCAGAUCCUUUAUUCAGUGUCCAUUGCCUCCUUCAACUCCUCUACUUUCCUGAUCGCAUUUGCCAUGUUUGGAGUGUACGUGCUUAUCGAUGAGAAGAACAUUCUGGAUGCCCAGAAGGUUUUCGUGUCCAUGGCACUCAUCAACAUCCUGAAGACUCCGCUGAGUCAACUCCCGUUUGCAAUGAGCACCACCAUGCAGGCCGUCGUCUCACUGAAGCGUCUUGGAAAGUUCCUCUGUCAGGAUGAGUUGAAGCCGGACAGUGUGGUCAGAGCUCCCUACAGUGCUGAUGGUGACAGUGUGGUGAUAGAGAAUGGCACUUUCAGCUGGUCCAGAGACGGACCACCAUGCUUAAGGAGAAUAAGUGUGAAAGUGCCUCACGGGUCAUUGGUGGCAGUGGUGGGUCAUGUGGGCAGCGGCAAAUCCUCCCUGCUCUCUGCCAUGCUGGGAGAGAUGGAGAAGAAGAGCGGAAACAUCACAGUGAAGGGCUCGGUGGCCUACGUGCCCCAGCAGGCCUGGAUCCAGAAUGCCACGAUGCGUGAGAACGUCGUGUUCGGGCAGGAGAAGAAGGAGAGCUGGUAUCAGAGUGUGCUGGAGGCGUGUGCUCUCCUACCAGACCUGGAGAUCCUGCCUGCCCGGGAUGCGACUGAGAUCGGAGAGAAAGGGCUGAACCUGUCAGGUGGGCAGAAACAGAGGGUGAGCUUAGCUCGAGCCGUCUACAGGAAGGCCGAUACAUACCUGCUGGAUGACCCGCUAUCUGCGGUGGACGCUCACGUGGGUCAGCACAUCUUCGACAGAGUCAUCGGCCCUAAAGGAAUUCUCAAAAAUAAGACGCGUGUGCUGGUGACCCAUGGGCUGAGCUUCCUGCCGCAGGCCGACCUGAUCCUCGUGAUGGCGGACGGGGAGAUCACCGAAUCGGGCUCAUACACAGAGCUGCUCAACAGGAGGAGCACCUUCUCCGACUUUGUUAAAACCUUCGCUGGAAACGAACACAAAGAGAGCUCCACCCACAGAGGCGCCAGAAAGUCAGUCUCUCGGCUCAGUGUGACAGACUUCUCCAUCGACCUCUCUCAGGAGCAGCUCAUCAGUGCAGACAUGGGCAACGCCAGCAUCCAGACCAUGAAGCCUUUAUCGGACUCUGAGCAGGAGCAGGACCUGGAGGAAGUGGGCAAACUGACCGAGGCUGACAAAGCCCACACCGGCAGGGUGAAGCUAGUGAUGUAUGUGGAGUAUUUCCGGACCAUCGGCCUGGCCCUCAUCAUCCCCAUCGUCUUCCUCUACGCCUUCCAGCAGGCCGCCUCUCUGGGCUAUAACUACUGGCUCCGGCUGUGGGCCGAUGACCCCGUCAUUAACGGCACUCAGGCCCAUGUAGACGUGAAACUGGCUGUGUUUGGAGCUCUCGGUUUCGCUCAGGGCAUUGCCAUUUUUGGCACCACCGUGGCCAUCUCACUGGGGGGCAUCAUUGCAUCUCGCCACCUCCACUUGGAUCUCCUCAACAACGUGCUGCACUCCCCCAUGUCCUUCUUCGAGAGCACGCCGAGUGGGAACCUGCUGAACCGCUUCUCUAAAGAGAUCGACGCCAUCGACUGCAUGAUCCCCGACGGCUUUAAGAUGAUGCUGGGAUACGUGUUUAAGCUGCUGGAGGUCUGCAUCAUCGUUCUGAUGGCCACGCCUUUCGCAGGACUGGUCAUUCUGCCGCUGAUGCUGUUCUACACCUUCAUCCAGAGUUUCUACGUGGCUACAUCCUGUCAGCUCCGCCGUCUGGAGUCAGUGAGCCGCUCUCCCAUCUACACACACUUCAACGAGACGGUGCAGGGAGCCAGCGUGAUCCGGGCGUUUGGAGAGCAGCCCAGGUUCAUCCUGCAGGCCAACAGCAGAGUGGACCACAACCAAACCUCCUACUUCCCCAGAUUUGUGGCCACCAGGUGGCUGGCGGUGAACCUGGAGUUUCUGGGUAAUCUGUUGGUUCUUGCUGCUGCGAUCCUGUCGGUGAUGGGCAGAGCGACUCUGAGUCCAGGAAUCGUCGGACUGGCCAUGUCACAUUCCCUCCAAGUAACAGGAAUCCUAAGUUGGAUUGUUCGUGCCUGGACGGACGUGGAGAACAACAUAGUUUCGGUGGAGAGGGUGAAAGAAUAUGCAGACACACCCAAAGAGGCUCCCUGGACGUUAGAGAACAGAUCCCUCCCCUCAGCAUGGCCACAAACUGGCACCAUAGAGUUCCAGGAGUACGGAUUGCAAUACAGAAAGGGUUUGGACUGGGCGCUGAAGGAGAUCACACUCAGUGUCCGAGAGAGAGAGAAGGUUGGGAUCGUGGGGAGAACAGGUGCAGGCAAAUCUUCUCUCGCUCUGGGGAUCUUCCGCAUCCUGGAGGCAGCAAAGGGGCAGAUUUACAUCGACAGGGUUGAUAUUGCUGAGAUCGGCCUGCAGGACCUGAGGUCCCGAAUCACCAUCAUCCCACAGGACCCAGUGCUGUUCUCUGGUUCUCUGCGGAUGAACCUGGAUCCCUUCGAUGGUUACUCUGAUGAGGAAGUGUGGAGAGCUCUGGAACUCGCACAUCUCAAAAACUUCGUGUCUGGCCUGCCGGACAAGCUAAACCAUGAGUGUUCUGAGGGAGGAGAGAAUCUCAGUCUGGGGCAGAGGCAGCUGGUGUGUUUGGCUCGAGCUUUACUCCGCAAGACCAAGAUUCUGGUUCUGGACGAAGCCACAGCAGCUGUGGACCUGGAGACGGACAACCUGAUCCAGUCCACCAUCCGCACGCAGUUUGAGGACUGCACGGUUCUGACCAUCGCCCACCGCCUCAACACCAUCAUGGACUACACCAGGGUGAUCGUCAUGGACAGAGGUAACGUCACUGAGAUGGACUCUCCGGCCAACCUCAUCGCCGGGAGAGGUCAGUUUUACUGGAUGUGUCGAGAGGCCGGACUGGUUUGAAAGCUCUUCAGAGGAGUUCAGAGGAGUUUCCUGUCUGCCAAGUCUGACAAACACGAUACCAACAAACUUCACAUGAUGGUAAAGCUUCAUCUCUGGAGCGCAGCAGGGCACCGAAAUGACCUUCCAGGAUUGACCGUGCUGCUCAUCAUAGUUGUUCUGCUAGAAAUGAUGUUUCAAAAUAAAAGACUAUCCAGAACAUCCUGCUUUACAAAUGUCCAGCUCAGAGGUGCUAAAACAAUUGAUCUGCAUUACGAAGUGAAUGUGAAGAACAAAGGGAACAUUUCUGUAACGUUCCAGUGUUAAUAAGCGUUGGAGACGUAAGGCAGACAGACGUCUGCACUGCGCACCAUUUUCAACACUAAGAGGACUGUUAACGUUAACGCUGCAUCUGUUUUGUUAGCAUUUCACCAUAUAUUUGGUAGCAAAGAGCAAUAAAACAGCCGAACUACACAAAUAAUCUGCCAUCAAACCAGCAUUUCGCCUGUGAGAAGAGUGAGAGAAGUUAUGAGAGUUUAAUUUUAUAUUAAUUUAUAAAAUUAAGAUAUGCUUUUAAAUAGAACAUAAAAUCUUUGUAGAUGGUUUUUUUUUUCCUUGUCAUUUUGAAGCUGAUAUGAAUUCCUCGGUCCGGAACUGCUGGAACAGGGCCACAGCGGAACACCUAUUGAAGUAUUAAGUGAAUAUUUGUGUUAUUUUUGUACUGAUGUCGAAGUGCUCAACACUAAGCGGGCAGCUGCAGUCUUUCCUGAUUGAGGCUGUACAUUUUUAAAUUAAUAUUUAUACUGUACUGUAUCGUACUUGUGUUUUUCUAUAUUGUACCUUUGAAG